GGCUCUGUCCAGCUCUUGCGCCUUCCACCACCGUGUAGUUGGUUUAUGCCUUGAGCCGCCUUUGUUUGCUAUGGGUUCUGAGAAACACUAGGAAAUUUCUGUAAUUUCUGGAAAUGUUCCCCUGGUCCUGGAGCCAUUCUUUUUCAAGCUAAGAGCUUCCAGCUAAAACCUUAAUUCUUUAUUGCUUCCAUUAAAGCAACUUGACUUUCAACAGUGCUGAACUAAUCAGGGAAAACAUCCUGUUGUUUCUGUUUGAACUGAUUGAUUAAAGUGUCAGAGCCUGCAGCCAUUGAAGUGUGGACUACUGAUGCUUCUUAUUUGCUAUUACUGCAAGUAUUUCCUAUGUCUCAAAAAAAAAAAAUCUGUGAUCUGAAUGUGUCCUUGGAUGGAGUUUUCCACAACCAGGAUGCUCUGCUUGUGAUGAGAGAUGUGGUAGCCUGUCGGCAAAUGCUUCACUUCGACAAAUUCCAGGUGUGGCUCUCAGCCUGUCCCAUCCUGAUGGAAGUUAUGUUGCUGGAAUUCAAAUCAGCCCUCAUCGGACUGGUUUUCAUGGCUAAUGAUGGCUCUUCUGAAAGCUCUGUCACAAGAUGUUACCAGUCAGGCACGAUACCAGGAAGGCAUGUGCCUUGAAUUCCAGCCAUUGUUAGAAAAUGGAAAUUUAUACUGCAACAGAGACAUUGACCCUGUCAUUGGUCCUGAUGGCAAGAGACACAUGAACAAGUGUGUCAUGUGUCGGGAAGUCUUGAGACAAAGAAGAUUUUCUAAUAAUGGUGGAAGAAACAGGACUAACGAUUUUUCUUCAGAAAAGGAUGUUGACUGCAGUGAAUAUUGGCCUUAUUUCUCACAUAUGGGGUAUUCCUGUACCAGAGAAAACAAUCCAGUCCGUGAUGCUUCUGGGAAACAACAUAGCAAUAAAUGCAUGAUGUGCCUACAGAGGUUCAAAAAUGGAGGAAAGAUGAAUGGUGUUGGAAAGCGACAACCACAAAAUGGAAACAAUGAGAGAGGUGGUGAUGACUGCUAUGAAUACAGGUCGCAGAUGGGGCCUGAUGGAGAGCUCAGCUGUACACGUGAAAAUGACCCUGUAAGAGAUGCUUCAGGAACUACACACAGCAACAAGUGCAUCAUGUGCGCAAGGAAAUUUAAAAAAGAAAUGAGAGAAGGCAGGUUUGAUGGAGGAGGAGGAAGAGGAGGAGGAGGAGGAGGAGGAGGAGGAGGAGGAGGAGGAGGAGGAGGAGGAGGAGGACCAAGCAAUGCAAAUGGAGAAAGAGUGAUUCAAGGGACUGUGACUCGAGCAAAUUCAAAUGAGAAUAAUUGUAACCAAUAUGGAAAUGAUCCAAACAAUCCUUGUUCAGUGGAUGAUCGGAUUGCACAGGGUGAUUACAGAUCAUACACCAACUGUGGAGGGGUAGGAACAUCGACAUACUACAAUGACAAUUGCCAAAAAGGACCUUUCAACAACAGACAGAAAAGAAGGACAGCCAGUGACCUUAAGUCAGAAUGCAGUAAAAUUCUGGCUACUCAAAACAAUAGGACUUCCUGUAAUGCUAUUUGGGCUCCUGUUUGUGGCAGUGAUGGAAGAACCUACAGCAAUAAAUGUUUCCUUUGUCUGGAGAUUGGGAAAUCUGAAGAUAUCCUUGCAGUAAAGUAUGAAGGUGAAUGUUCUGGAAUUUUUCAUGGAAUGGCUGAUUGCAGCAAGUAUCCACAAACGAGAGGAAAGCUCCUUUGCAAGACGACUAACCACGAGGUUUGUGGCACGGAUGGUGAAACAUACAGCAAUGAAUGCAUGCUCUGUAACAGAAUCUUGAACACAAAAUCUCAAAUUGCUAUAAAGAAUAUAGGACCAUGUCAAAAGAUUUAAAGGAGUUCCAUCUACCCAAAAGCUUUGAGAAUAAAGUGAUCCUAAGAUGGAGGGGAUGACAAUUCAGAAUCAAUGAAACUGCUGAAUCCUUAAAACGUUAAAGACUUUGGCUUCAUCCUACAUUUAUGGCACAAUUUUAUUGUCUAUAAAACCUGAGCAACAGGCCUGCAUUGAACAGUGUGGAAGUGGGAAAUAACCCAAGAAAACACAUUUACUCUUUUAGUCAUUUCCUUAUUACAUUCUGAACACUCCAGAAAACCUUAUCACAUCCAUAAAUCACAAUAAAAGUAAACUAAUGAAAGGA